AUGAAAGCCAGAUUUCAAGAGGAGGCCUAUUGUCACCCAAUCAACAUUGGGAAAAAUUGGGGUGGAAAAACCUGCAAUGCAGAAGCUGCUGAGAGAUAUGCAGAAGUGACUGAGCCAUCCAUUCUGGCCAAUGUAUGGAACCACCUUCAUCUUCUGAGGGAACCACUGUGGGAGAGCAUAAAGGCUUCCCCACAGGCAUGGUGGAUGGACAAGUCAUAUUUCCAUGAUAAUGCUGAGUUGAAAGGCACCAUCAACCUGUCACCCACAUGGUUUCAACAGGGUCAUGGGGUGGAUGGCAGGGAAGCAUUGAUCCACCUUGGUGAACAGGUGGAACAGUGGGUGGAUUCAGAUAUGAGCUCCAUACUGCUGAUAUGGAGCUCCACAUAUAGCAGCAUGUCCAUGAUGGUGAAUUGGGAAACUUGUUACCACAGGGAUAUCAAUGGACAGGAUCCAUGGUAUGACAUGCUGGUACCCAUGGGUGACUACCUGCCCUUGGACUUUGUCAUUCCAAUGUUGAAUCUACAGCUGUGCUACAACCCAGGGAUGAUCAUUGCAUUUUCAGGUUCAGCAUUGGAGCAUGGGGUGGGAGCUGUAGACGGUGACAGAGCAUGCCUGGCAUACUACAUGUGUGCCAAUGUCCAUCAGUCGGUGCACAUUCCAUGUGUCAAUCACUGCGGAUGGAUGACCUACUACCUAGACCAGUUGCAACUGGAGAACUGUUGA